CCAGUUUAUCAAGAAAUUCUGGAACAUUGUUUCACCGUCUGUAAGAAAAAAAAGACUAUCUGCUUCCUAUGUUUAUCUCAAAUACAUCAGUGUUUAGGACACAUUAUUAUGGACAGACUAAGAAGGUUGUCUUUCCGCUGGAUAAGAUUUGAGAUUGAGAUUCACUUGCCAGAAGAGUGCCAGAGUUUGUUUGUUACUGUGAGGCCUACAGAUACAAUAAAAGACCUGAGAGUUUAUCUAGUUAAACAAGGUAUAACUUCCUGGAAGAAAUAUUUUUAUUACAAUGAAAGACAAUUAGGAGAAUAUGAAGCUAUUAAAGAUGUUAAUAUCACAAAAGGAUCUGUCAUUUUACUGCGUAAAAACAACCAAAGCCAAAGUGGUCCGGAACCGAACCUGCAAUAUCUCCGAGGUACACCUGUAUAAGAAAGCGAUUUUUUGAAAAAAGACCAUGAAUUUUGCAUUUCCUAAUCUUUAAUAUCAAGAAGUUACCACAAAUCACAACAAAUGAUGGCUCACGACAAGUCUUCAAUGAACAUCGGAAAGGAAAACAUUUGUUAAUAAAUCCCUCUCUAUUAUUUUUACAUUUACAUGAACAAUAUCAGUGGAGGACAUAUAUAUUGAUAAAUAUUUUGGAAAAGUAUAAAUACUGUCUCUUUAAAUUAUCGUCACAAUCAUCAAAGGAUGUAACACUCUAACUGGAUUGGAUUGCCACAUUAUAUAGUGGGAUUUAGUGCAAAUUAAUAUAGGAUGUAACACUCUAAUUUGAUUGGUUAGCUACAUUAUAAAGUGGGAUUUAUUGGAAAUUAAUGCUAUAGUCCAAAAUCAUAAUUUUAUUACUACAGAUAACAAAGGCAAUAUGUGUAAAAGAAUAACUGUUUAAUUUAAGUAUAUAUUUAUGUAAAAACUUGCUGUCUAGGUAGUUUAUCAUUGUCAUGUUUUAUGUGAUAUUUUUAUUUUUUCUAUAUCUGUUAUAAAGUACAAAAACUCA